CAAUUACGCCGGGGCGACCACGACUAUAUAGAAGAGCCACGCCGACUCCGCCAGCUGAUUUCUACGAGUAAAGUCGACGCGAUCAUCCGCGCACAUCUCUCUCUCCGCUCGCAAUGAAACUAUCAAUACUUCUCAUUGCGGUAAUUUCGACCGCGUGGGCGCAAACGAGAAACGUGGAGAGACCCUUUCGCAUCCCCGAAGGGCGGCAAGUCAAGUACGACGAAAUUGAUGGCUCGCGGAUCAACUGGAAGUAUGUCACAUCCGAGAAUCAGUUGCGACCGCAAGUGGCGAACGCAGAGCGAUCCCAAGCCGGGGGCGGCUCGUCCCAUCAUUUUCGACAAACAGCUCAGCAAACAGCUCCGCGGCAACACGCUCCGCAGCCUCAAUCCCAGCUAAUUAAGCAGACUCCGCAAUACUACAGUUACAAGCCGUACUCUGCAGUGCCGGGUCACAUUAGGCAACUGAUCAACUCAGUCUAUCAGCCACAGGCUCCCUACGUCGAUCCCGCGUCCUUCCUCUACGGCGGCGGAUACGCGUCGCCGCAGCAACCAGCUCCGGCUGCUUCCGAAAUUCCUCAAGUUGCCUACCUGCAAACAGCGACGAGAUAUCAAUCGAUCGAUCCUCAAAGCUAUGACGAUAGGGUAGAGCGUCAGAAUAGAGUUAUCUACAAGCAGGAUUACGAACAGCAACAGCAGCAGCAACAGCAACAGCAGCAGCAGCAGCAACAGCAGCAGCAGCAGCAGCAGCAACAGCAGGUACAACAAGUCGCGACAUUCCCGAUUGGAACUUUGCCUGAUCCUCCAGCACCCACGCUGUAUCUGGAUAAGAAUAUGCCUACGGAGAUCAAGCAGUUGUUACAAUAUCAGGCGCAGAUACCGUACGACGUCACAGCGAACCGCAUCCAGUAUAGGCCGAAGAGCAUUUUCAUUCCCAAACCGUUGUCCGAUAACGAGAAGGGACCUAAUUAUUAUCGUAGCAAGAUUUAUUAUACGAACGAUGAUAACGUCGAUGCGGAAUAUUCGCAGAGCAAUCCGAUCGACGAAGGCCAGCGUCAUUAAUUGUUUGGCUUUUAAUUACGACUAAAAAUAUAAAUUAAUAUUUUAUUUUGAUAGGUUUUUCAAAGAGAAACGGCUGGCUUGUUUCAAGACUCGCUUGAAUCGAAUUCCAUUUUUAUUAACGGAAAUGGUUUUCAGUGUUCUGGCGUCAUUAGGAUUUUGUUAAGAUGAGCGUUUUACACGCCUUAAAUUAUAGCAUCCUUUAUGGACACUUCAAAGAUUAUAUUUCUUACAUCUUACCAUGUAUUUUUUAACGAUGAUUUCUUCAAUUGUAAAAACUAGAUGGAAUAAUUAGAAGGACUAAUUGUUUGUGUGAUUUAUAAAACCAAUGUAGAAAUUCGUAAAAAAAAGAAUUUUAUAAUAAAAAAUAAUUUCAAAAUGAACCAAGAAAAUGUUUAAUUAGAAUUCUAUUCGAAAAAAUAGAAGAGAAUGGAAAUUGAUUUAAAAUAAUAUUAAUAACAGAAUAUUCAUCAAAAUAAAAAUGAUAAAAUUGGUCGAUAAAACUGGUCUCUUUUCGAUUAUUUUUUUUUAUUUUAAUCAAUUAUAAAAUUAUGUUCGAUAAUUUUUUGCAUGUAAGAAAAUGUUUAACAACGGUAGCGUGAAAAAUGUAAGUUUUUGUAUAAAAUAAAUAUCGUUUCCGCUUCUGGCAUCAUGAAA